CAGGUUUCCCGCUGUCUCUUUGCCCAUUACACCUUCCGACAAUGGUACCAAUCAACGGGCAUCAAUUGUAAUUUAUUUUACCUAUCUCGGGCAUUCCCGACCAGAUCAAAUAAACUAUGACAAACUUUAACGAACCCAUAACGAAUGAAUUCGUUCAUUUUAUCGUUUAUUAUCUUCUUGUAUUUUAGCCUUGAUUAUGGUUUGACGGAAGAAAUGGCGGCCAACCUUUUCUUUGGAUAGUAAACUAUUUAUGUCUGUCUUAUGUUAGACGCCCGCAGUCGGUCAUCUGCGAUGCGGCCACAGGCAUCAGCAAAUCAGGUGGCAUAGUCAUGCGUGUGUUCCCUCGACAACCAAAACAGACUCACCCUCUAAAUCUGGUGGGUGUAGACGCGCAUCUUCGACUCACUAUGACUAACCAUCUAUCGUGUAUUUUCUAUUCGUUUUAUUAUUAGUUGAUUUUUAUACACACCAUUUAAGACAAUAAGUAAAUACGAAUAUUUCAUAUUGAGAACGUCGUUUAAUAUUUUAUUGGAAUCCUCUAGCUGUCAUGAGGCUUAUUCAGAAAGCUACCGCCUUAAGCGCACUAUUGCUACCAGGCGCUGUGGCGUGGGGAAGUCUGGGCCAUAUCACCGUAGCUUACAUUGCAACCAACUUCGUGAAGGAUACCACGACUACUUACUUUCAGGAUAUCUUACGAAAUGAUACCCAGCAUUAUCUUGCUGGAGUAGCUACCUGGGCCGAUAGCAUUAGGUAUACGAAAUGGGGUCGAUUUUCUAAGAAUUUCCAUUUCAUUGAUGCCAAAGACUCACCGCCCGACUAUUGUGGUGUGGAUUUUGAACGGGAUUGUAAAGAUGAAGGCUGUGUUGUGAGCUCGAUCCAAAACUAUACCUCUCAGCUACUAGACACAGACCUAUGGUCAUGGCGAAGGGGUCAAGCUGCUAAAUUCGUCAUUCACUUCGUCGGCGACAUUCACCAACCUCUACACGUGGAAAAUGUCGCACAAGGCGGCAACGGCAUCCACGUGAAAUGGGACCAGUCCGAGGUAAACCUACACCAUGUCUGGGACACGAGUAUUGCGGAGAAGAUGUUAGGCGGAAUUCACAGGAAGCCUUACGACGCAGGACUCGUAUGGGCUGCAAACCUUACCGAGCAGAUUAAGUCGGGAAAAUACCAGACCGCGAGUAAACUCUGGAACACCGGUGUAAACCUCGACGACCCUAUCCAGACUGCGAUGGGCUGGGCAAACGAAUCCAAUGCAGUUGUGUGCACUCAUGUCUUUCCCGAAGGACCGAAAUCGAUUGUCGGCCAAGAGCUCGCGGGCGAUUACUAUGAAAAGGCUGCUCCCGUGAUCGAAUUGCAGGUCGCUAAGGCAGGGUAUCGUCUUGCCGCUUGGUUGGAUUUGAUCGCAGACAGAGCUUCUGGAACGGCUCAGCCACCUGAGGAACUAUGAGACGGGUGAUCUUGGGGGAUUCGUGUUUUUGAAUAUCUAUGUCGGUUGGUACAAUACGCCUGGAGGGAUC